AUGACCUUGUUCCAGUUCCUCCGAUGGUUUUGUCAGCUCAUCCAUCUUGGCUCGUAUUAUAAGUUUUUAAUAUUAAUGAUGUACACGCUCUUUGGAGCUUGGAUGUUCAAGACCCUCGAGACGACACCACUCACUGAAGGAAUUGGAAAAACCCCCGCCCUGAUCAUAAAAGAGCCCCAGGAUGCCUUUAUCUUUUUGAAGAAGUUCCAAGAGACCGCCGCAAAGAUGCCCGAUGAAUUGCUUUUGCAAUUUGUUAAGAACCAAAGCGACAUCCUGUUCGCCGCAUACAAAGCUCAGGAAGAGAUCGACUGGACGUGGUGCCUGGGUAUCCUCUACUCAGUGGAAACGUACACCACGAUUGGUUACGGUUACCCCGUCGUAAGGACAUGGCAAGCAAGGUUGGCCACAAUCAUCUACGCAAUGAUUGGUGUCCCAUUCUUCUUGGUAUACCUCGCGUCGGUCGGAAAGACCAUGAGCAAAACCAUGGCAAGGAUCGACAAGAGAAUGCGUCGAACUAAUUUUGGAAAACUCCUCCUCUACUCUCGAGUCCCGAUGGCCAACUCCGAAGCUUCAGAGGACCCUUUCUCGAUCAGAAUCGCUGUAAUGAUGCUGAUUAUUUGGAUCUGUUUCACAUCGGCAUUCUUUUCUGUUUUGGAAGGUUGGACUUAUGCAACUUCUGCAUAUUUUUUCAUCGUCACCAUUUCAACAAUAGGAUAUGGUGAUUUGAUUUUCCAAAACCAAAACAUGAUUCCAUUCAAUUUGUCGCUUAUUCUGAAUGGAAUGUGCCUUAUUUCCAUGUGCUUCGAAUUGACUAUUAAAAGGAUCGCCAAAUGGAAACAAAAUCAGUUCGAAAAACAUAUGAAAAAGAUUCAAAAAAUGGCAUUACUGGUGUACGAGAAGGAUCUAUUAGUUGAGGACGCCUCACAUCUUGAUAUUUGCAUAAAUCCUAACCUAAUGGAAUACGCUGCAACUCAUACAGGCGAAGAGACAAUUGGUUUCUUUGGAGAAAUGAAAGAAUGGGCUUAUGGUAUUUUAGUAGAUCAUGUGAUCCAGUCCAAAUUGGAAACGAAUCCAAACUAUGCUGAUGAAGAGUUAGACGAAGAGGAAGGACAAGAAAUGGUAAAUAUGGUUGUUGGCUCAAACGAAAGAGGAACAAGAAAAAAUACCGGAAUUCUGUCUUCUUAUUCUUGCACCUCAAAACGUAUGAUUCGCCAAACAUAUCACACACUCAUUGAUCGCAUCAAGGCGCUGGAGCAAGCCAAGCCAAGGAAAAAUGACAUGGACUCAAUAAUGUUUAUCCAAUUUUUGGAGAACAAAAAAGUCGUCAAACUUGUGGAACUAUUCAAGCAUCCAAAUCAGACUACAACUUCAUGUCAAACCGAUAUUAGUGGACCAGUAGAUCAGAAGACAAAUCAAACGAUGAAUGAGAAAAUCGGUAAAUUUCAUUUUGAUAUCAGGGAUGCAGUCAUAGCCUCCUCACUCCAGGCUCAUGUUUCCUUCAACCUACCGCGUCUCCGAUUUCAAUCAGAUCAAGCAAAGAUGUUAGAUGAAGAUUAUGUCAAAAUUCCAGUCCAUAUGUUACGUCGAAGAACUUUGCAACCUCCAAUGAGUCCUCUAUCAAACCAGGCUUCAUCACUCAAAGCGUUGGUGGUACAAGAACAACACGAAAAGGACAAUUCAGAGAAUCAAUCAAAGCAAAGAAGGCGGACAUCGUGUUAA